AUGUCUGCCCCUGGAGCCGGCCACGAAUUCCCUUCCCAAGAGGUUUCUUGGCUGAAGCGCGAUGCUCUGCUGUUCGCAAACAGCAUCGGUACCAAGGCUGACGAGCUGCAUUUCCUCUACGAACUUCACCCGAACUUCUCUGUUUUCCCGACCUACCCGCUGAUUCUGCCUUUUAAGCUCACCGACCAAGAGUUGACCGAUUUCUACGCGCGCCAGAAGGCCGUCAAGAUCCCCGGUGUUCCCGAUUUGGAUCACCGUCGUGGCGUCGAUGGCCAGCGCAAGAUCACAGUACUGAAGCCACUGCCCCCUACAAGUGCCGGAAGGAAGUUCGAGCUGCGCAACAAGGUUGUCGGUGUCUAUGACAAGGGCAAGCCCGGCACCGUCCUUGAGACUGAGCAAUCGAUCGUUGAUGCCGAGAGCGGCGAGGUGUAUUCCAAGGUUCUGAGCAGUGGCUUUUUGGUCGGCCAAGGUGGCUGGGGCGGUCCCAAGGGCCCUGCUACGGUUAACUAUCCCCCUCCUGAGGGUAAGAAGCCCGAUGCCGUUCACGUCGUACAGACCGACAUGCAGACUGCCCUCCUGUACCGCCUGAAUGGUGACUAUAACCCUCUGCACGCCGACCCCGUGCCCGGCCAAAAGAUGGGCUUUGGCGGCACUAUCAUCCACGGCCUCUUCAGCUGGAACUCCGCCGCUCACGGCAUCUUGCGGGAACUUGGUGGUAGUAACCCCGAGAACCUCAAGGAAUUCCAGGCCCGCUUUGCUUCGCCCGUUCGCCCAGGUGACAAGCUCACCACCGAGAUCUGGCGCACGGGCGAUGUGCAGGCUGGUGGAUUUGAGGAGAUUCGGUUUGUCACCAAGAACCAGAAUGACAAGGUUGUUUUGAGCAACGGUCGGGCGCUCGUGAAGGUGACUGGUGUGACGAGCAAGCUGUAA